AUGGAUAAUCCGAUAGAUACACCCGAUAAGCCUUUCAUCGGCAUGCAGUUUAAUUCUGAGAAUGAGGCAUUUGAGUUCUAUAACAGUUACGGAGGAAUAUUGGGUUUUAGUGUCAGAAGAGAAUUUGUAAAUAAGUGCAAGAAAGAUAAGAUGACUAUAACUUCGAGGAGAUUCAUUUGUAGUAAACAAGGUAUUCGAAAAAUAGACAAACGUGUUGAUGUUAUAAUUAACCCUCGAGCGGAGACGAGAACUUAUUGUCCUGCUCGCAUGGGAAUAAAGAUAAUAAAAGAUGGGAAAUAUGAGUGCCAUGAUUUUAUUGAAGAUCAUAAUCACGACCUUCAUAUAGCAUCUACCACUCACAUGAUGCGGUCACAACGGAUAAUUUUAUACAUACAAGCAUGUGAAAUUGAUUUGGCAGAUGAUUCUAGAAUUAGACCGAAGGACAUGUUUGAGUACAUGGGUAAACAAGCAGGUGGGAGACAGAGCCUUGGUUAUACACGAGUCGAUCAUUACAAUUAUCUCCGUACUAAACGUCAGCGUAACUUAUGCUAUGGUGAAGCGGGGAGUUUGUUACAGUAUUUUGGGAAACAAACCAAGCUCAAUCCCUCUUUUACCUACAGCUUACAGUUGGAUACAGAAAAGCAGAUAACUAAUAUUUUUUGGGCGGAUGCGAAAAUGGUAAUCGAUUAUGCGAUUUUUGGUGAUGUUGUGACGUUUGAUACAACAUUUUGUACAAACAAGGAGAAUAGGCCUUUUGGUAUUUUUUCUGGGUUUAACCAUCACAGAGGAGUCGUUAUAUUUGGGGCAGCACUUUUGUAUGAUGAGACAGUUGAAUCAUUCAAAUGGUUGUUUGAGACUUUCUUGGAAAGCCAUGGACAAAAGAAGCCUAUAACAUUUUUUACAGAUCAAGAUGUUGCAAUGGCAAAGGCCAUUUCAGAGGUGUUUUCUGAAACGUGGCAUGGUCUGUGUACUUGGCAUUUAAUGCAGAAUGGGAUUAAGCAUCUAGGUAACUUAAUGAAGGACGGGUCAAACUUCCUAUCAGAUGUGAAAAAAUGCAUAUAUCAAUAUGAUGAGGAAGAACAUUUUGAGACUGCAUGGGAACAAUUAAGGUUCAAGUAUCAGGUUGAAAAUGGUUCAUGGCUGGAUCGUAUUUAUAGACUUAAACAUAAGUGGGCCAUAUGUUAUAUGAAGAAUACAUUUACAGGAGGUAUGUGGAGUACACAGCUAAGUGAAAGCAUAAAUGCAGACUUGAAGGAUUAUACUAAGUGUACUCUAGAUAUUAAAUAG